AUGGAGGGCGGCGGGCGGCCGUCGGCGGCGCAGGCCGCGCUGCUGGCUGCGGGCGCCGCCAUCACGGCGCUCUUCUACUCCGUGUACCGGCACAAGGCCCGCGCCGCCCGCCGCCUCCAGGGCGCCCGGAAGCUGCGGCUGGACGCGGAGCUGCGCGCUGCGCUGCGGGAGGCGCCGGGCCGCUGCCUGCCCUACGCCGUCAUCCAAGGUGCGGUGCGCUCGGCGAAGGAGACGCUGAGCAGCCAGUUCGUGGAGGGCUGCCACGGCGUGGUGCAGAGGCUGACGCUGCAGGAGCACAAGAUGGUGUGGAACCGCACCACCCACCUCUGGAACGACUGUGAGAAGAUCAUUCACCAGAGGACCAACACGACUCCCUUCGACCUGGUGUCUCCCGAGGACGGCGCUGACGUGAGCGUGAGAGUGAUGAAACCCCUGGAGGCCGCUGAGCUCAGCCUGGAGACGGUGUACGAGAAGUUUCACCCUUCCAUCCAGUCCUUCACCGAUGUCAUAGGCCACUACAUCAGUGGCGAGCGUCCCAAAGGCAUUCAGGAAACGGAACAGAUGCUGAAGGUGGGAACCACGCUGACAGGGGUGGGAGAGCUGGUCCUGGACAACAACACGAUCAAACUGCAGCCCCCCAAGCAGGGAAUGCAGUACUAUCUCAGCAGCCUGGAUUUUGACGCCUUGCUGCAGAAACAAGAGUCGAACGUCAGACUCUGGAAAAUCCUGACGGUCGUUUUUGGCUUCGCUACUUGCGCCGUUCUCUUCUUCAUCCUGAGAAAGCAAUACCGGCACCGCCGAGAGAAGCGGCGCCUCGAGCAAAUGCAAGAGGAAUUCAGGCAAGCCCAGGAGCGGCUGAUGCGCGAGACGAACACGGAGGGUGGGGAGACUGUCAAAAACGCUUGCGUCGUCUGUUUGAGCAACACCAAGUCCUGCGUCUUUCUGGAGUGCGGGCACGUUUGCUCUUGUCACGAAUGCUACCAAGCUCUCCCUGAGCCCAGAAAGUGCCCCAUUUGCAGGCAGGCAAUCUCUAGGGUGGUUCCCUUAUACAACAGUUAAAUUUUCUGUGGCUGGGGAGCUUUUUGCAUCGCGGUUCCCUGUCUCCAGGGGUCUUUUCCCCCAUCAAGUCCUGCUUUGGCCAGCCUGUCGCACUGUUUGGGCGGUUUCUUUUGCUGGGAAUGAAACAUAACUGGGGAAAGAGGAGCAGGAACCCGAAUGGGCUAGGAAAAAAAGCCACGUUGUAAAAGGAUUAGGUCCAGCUGAUAAGUGCAUAGGGCUUAUAUUACGCUCCAAAGUCUUAAGGCUGAUCCAAGCGAGCAAUUCGCAGAAACCGCACCUCUGUUAAGUAAAUGAACUCGUCUUAGUUUCCCUGCGGUUUCAAGCUGGUUUUGUUUGUUAAGAGUUGGACUCGCCACAUUUGUUUGCGUUUCCGCUUAUUGAGCCUGCAGUCCCUGCACGGUGGGAUCACCCCAAUUUGUUUCCCACAAGGAAAUACCUAAGUUACCAAAGGCACCGCGAAAAAGCCAUAUUGUGGCUACUUAGAGGCUGCAGGAUUUAGGCAACACUGCCAUCUAGCUCCUAGGACUUUAAUUUAGCAGGAGGGGCUUUAAAAGAGCUUUUAUGGGGUUUUAUAUGAACACAAGUGUUUGAAAAAUCCAUGGUUAAUUCAAGCAGGAAGUGGAAUUUCCAUCGUCUCUUCCUAGGUCUCUUACCAUUAUCACAAAAAAAUGCCUUUUUUUUCCUUAAACCUUCCCCUGCAGCAUUAAAAAAAGAAAAAAAAAGUCAGAAAAAAGCAGACUUGCUAUAAAAUGAGAAUCAGGAAGUGAAAAUGCUGCAGUUGGCUUCUGCAUCUGGCCUUGAGCCAGGAUACAAAACACACCUAUCUUACGAAAAGCAUGUUGGUCUUGGGUUAUUAAAUCUAAAUGACCCUGAAGGUGGCAAUAGGGGCGAGAUAAGCCAUUUCCCAUCCCCCAGCCUACUUAUUAAAAAAAAAAAAAAAAAAAAAAAAAAAAAAAAGGUUUGGCAGCAUUCCUUGUUUUAGCCAGAGAUCCUGCCCUAGCUGCUAUCCAGGGCUUGCCCGGAGGCAGCGUCGUGCCACUCCUGCGCCGAGUUGUGCGUGUUCCCCUGCCCCUUCGCUCGGAUGGGUAAACGGCUCGGCCGGGCACGGGCCGGAUACUAGCCCCUCCGAAGGUUAAGUCCGUUAGUUCUGUCGUUUUUUCCUUAAUGCCUUUUGAGAUUUGCCAAUCUGCUGCGUUUUCUUUUUUUUCUUUGCCCUUCCUGGCUGUUACGAGCCCUGAUAACCUAUUAAAUGCUGAAGAAAUGCAAAUCGCCUUCUCUUGCCACUGGCCAAGAUUUGCAUUAACAGAGGGGAAUUGCAUCCCUGCCUCCCAAAAAUCCAGCACAACGCAAGUCCUUACGGAUCCCGCUGGCCUCCUUUUUGUUCUGUAGUUGAUACAAAAUAAACUUUCACGUGGAAAAGGAAAA